GGUUGUGUGUGUGUGAGUGGAGAGCCUGCCUGCCUGGGAAUCUGAUAAAAGCACAUCCGCAGCCACUGCCAUGGCUGAACGCCGCGCAUUCGCCCAAAAGAUCAGCAGGACUGUGGCAGCAGAGGUUAGGAAGCAGAUCGCUGGUCAGUAUGGAGGUUCUCCGCAGCUCUUCAAAAACCUCAAUGUUGGGACCACAUCAAGCAACACAGUUCCCCUCACAGAGGCGGUGGAACCAGUGGACUUUGAGGAAUAUCUCAUCACGCACCCUCCCAUCGUUGAGUCAGGUCCACUAAGAGAUCUGAUUGAAUUUCCCCCUGAUGACAUUGAGGUCAUCUCUACACCCAGGGAGUGUCGCACUGUGGUACAAGCUGUUCCAGAGGAAGGGGACACCGAUCUCCAUGUCAGAGAUUGUGUAAGAUCCUACACAGAAGAUUGGGCCGUUGUCAAUAGAAAGUAUCAUAAGCUUGGCACAGGCUUUAACCCCAACACGCUGGAUAAACAAAAGGAGCGUCAAAAAGGCCUGCCUAAACAAGUGUUCGAAGCUGAUGAAAUGCCAGAUAGCAGCAGCUACCAGGAUGACCAGGAUGAUCUGAAGCGGCGGUCGAUGUCUAUAGAUGACACUCCUCGGGGAAGCUGGGCCUGCAGCAUCUUUGACUUGAAGAACUCCUUGCCUGAUGCCCUCCUCCCUCACCUCCUCGACCGUGCUCCUAAUGAGGAGAUUGACCGACACAAUGAAGAACAGCGUAUGACUAACCGCCAUCGUGAACUCUUUGCUCUCCACCCUGCCCUCGAUGAGGAGGAGCCCAUUGAGCGCCACUGUGUGCCUGAAGUACCCAAAGAGCACUUUGGCCAGAGGCUGCUCGUCAAGUGCUUGUCCUUGAAGUUUGAGAUCGAAAUAGAACCCAUAUUUGCUAGCUUGGCCUUAUACGAUGUCAAGGAAAAGAAAAAGAUAUCAGAAAAUUUCUUCUUUGAUCUAAACUCUGAGCAGACGAAAGCAAUGUUACGUCCGCACAUUCAGACAGCAGCUAUUUCCACGCUGGCACGCUCUGCCAUUUUCUCCAUCACCUACCCCUCCCAGGAUAUCUUCCUAGUCAUCAAGCUAGAAAAGGUACUGCAGCAAGGAGAUAUAGGAGAAUGUGCAGAACCUUACAUGGUCUUCAAAGAGUCUGAUGCUGCCAAGAAUAAGGAGAAGCUGGAGAAGCUUCGAAGUCAAUCAGAGCAGUUCUGCCAGCGUCUGGGCCGAUACCGAAUGCCCUUUGCGUGGACGGCCAUCCAUUUAAUGAACAUUGUAAACAGCGCUGGCAGCCUGGAGAGAGACACGGAGCUGGAGAUGAGCCUCUCAGAACGAAAAGGCUCUUGGUCAGAACGGAGGAACUCAAGCAUCAUGGGAAGACGUUCCCUAGAAAGGACCACUAGUGGAGAUGAAGCCUGUAGUCUCACAGGUUUCAGGCCUGCAACACUUACUAUCACCAACUUCUUCAAACAAGAGGGGGAUAGGCUCAGUGAUGAAGAUUUGUAUAAGUUUCUAGCUGAUAUGAGAAGACCUUCUUCAGUGCUGAGGAGACUCAGACCUAUCACAGCUCAGUUAAAGUUGGACAUUUCUCCAGCUCCGGAGAACCCCCAUUAUUGCCUGACUCCUGACCUCCAGCAGGUUAAACCUUAUCCAGACAGUAGAGUGCGCCCCACCAGAGAGAUCCUGGAAUUUCCUGCCAGGGACGUCUAUGUGCCAAACACCACGUACAGGAAUCUGCUGUAUGUGAACCCCCAGAGUCUUAACUUCGCCAACCGCCAAGGUUCUGCACGCAACAUCACAGUCAAAGUGCAAUUUAUGAAUGGAGAAGAUCCCAACAACGCAAUGCAGGUUAUUUUUGGGAAGUCAAGCUGUGCUGAUUUCUAUAAAGAGGCCUACACUGCAGUGGUAUACCACAACAGAUCCCCUGACUUUCAUGACGAGAUCAAGAUCAAGCUGCCUGCCUCUCUGUCAGACCACCACCACAUUCUCUUCACAUUUUACCACGUCAGCUGCCAGCAGAAGCAGAACACACCACUGGAGACCCCUGUGGGAUACACGUGGAUUCCGAUGUUGCAGAAUGGACGUCUGCGAACAGGACACUUCUGUCUGCCCGUGUCUCUUGAGAAGCCGCCUCAAUCGUACUCCGUUCUCUCCCCAGAUGUUCCUCUACCAGGAAUGAAGUGGGUAGACAACCAUCGAGGUGUUUUCAACGUGGAACUGGUGGCUGUUUCAACCAUCCACACUCAGGACCAGUACUUGGAUAAGUUCUUUGCCCUGGUACAUGCUCUGGACGAGCACGUGUUUCCUGUCAGGAUAGGAGACAUGCGGAUCAUGGAGAACAACCUGGAGGCCGAGCUCAAGUCCAGCAUUGCGGCGCUCACCUCGGCCCAGCUUGAGCCGGUGGUUCGAUUCCUUCAUCUUUUACUCGACAAGUUGGUCCUGCUUGUAGUUCGGCCACCGGUCAUUGCUGGACAGAUCGUGAAUCUUGGUCAAGCAUCCUUCGAGGUCAUGGCUUCGGUUGUGAACCGGCUUCAUAAAUACCUGGACACCAGCCAAGAUAUGCACGGCCGCAACAGCCUGCUGUCUUCUUACAUUCACUAUAUUUUCCGCUUGCCCAGCACCGACCCCAACUCACCAUCACCAGACCCCAACUCAUCCCUAACAGGUCCUGGAGGGUUGGGAGGUUCAGUUCACUACGCCACCAUGGCUCGCUCAGCUGUUCGACCUGCGAGCCUCAACCUCAGUCGCUCCCGCAGCCUUAGUAACAGUAACCCAGACAUUUCCGGUACGCCCACGUCUCCUGACGAUGAAGUUCGUUCCAUCAUUGGCAGCAAGGGCUUAGACCGCUCCAACUCGUGGGUGCACACCAUGGGCUGUAGUGCCCCCUGGGGAUCCAGCCCUGGGUCCGCUCCAGAAACCCUGCAGGCCAUGGAGCGCUGUGGCAAUCGCAUGUCUUCGCACACUGAGAGCGCCAGUUUCUUGCAAACUUUAACGGGACGGUUACCCACUAAAAAGCUCUUCCAUGAGGAGUUGGCCCUCCAAUGGGUGGUGAGCAGUGGAAGCGUCCGAGAAGGUGCUCUACAACAGGCCUGGUUCUUCUUUGAACUCAUGGUGAAGAGCAUUAUCCACCACCUUUAUUUCACCGAACGCUUGGAGUCACCCAGGAAGCACCGUUUUCCUGAACGCUUCAUGGAUGACAUCACAGCUCUGGUCAGCACCAUCGCUGGGGACAUUGUGUCUCGUUUCCAGAAGGACCUGGAGUUGGUGGAGAGGCUAAACACCAGCCUGGCUUUCUUUCUUAAUGACUUGCUGUCAGUCAUGGACCGAGGCUUUGUCUUCACGUUAAUUAGGACAUAUUGGAAACAGGUCUCCUCGAAACUUUACGCUUUGCAGAAUCCAACUAUGGAGUCUUUAAGGCUUGAUUUCCUAAGGGUUGUUUGUAGUCACGAACACUACGUCACGUUAAACCUGCCCUGCAGCCUGCUCACUCCACCUGCCUCGCCUUCCCCAUCUGUGUCUUCAGCAACCUCACAGAGCUCUGGGUUCUCCACUCAUGUCCAGGACCAAAAGAUAGCCAACAUGUUUGAGCUGUCUGUCCCAUUCAGAGAGCAACAUUAUCUGGCUGGACUCGUGUUAUCUGAGCUGUCAGUAAUACUGGACCCAGAUAAUGAGGGAAUGUUUGGUCUACACAAGAAGGUGGUGAGCGUUGUUCACAACCUCCUGUCCAGCCAUGACUCUGACCCUCGAUACGCCGAUCUUGAGGUCAAAGCUCGAGUCGCCAUGCUCUACCUGCCUCUCAUCGGCAUCGUCAUGGAGACGUUGCCACAGCUCCAUGACUUUACAGAGUCUCAUAAUCAGUGGGGCCGGCCUGGCGGUCCACAGGGCACAGCGGUGGGCAACAGUGGAGAGGAAGCAGAGGGAGAUGGGAACAGUAUGAUCAGUCAGACUGUUGCCAUGGCAAUAGCAGGCACCUCCAAUGCAUCGCCAAUGUCUCGACCGAGUAGCUUCUUGCUCAACUCGCAGGCGAGUCGUCAGCAUGGGAGCUUCUCAGCUGAGUCAAGUCGCAGCCUGCUCAUCUGUCUGCUGUGGGUCCUGAAGAACGCUGAUGAGCUGGUGCUACAGAAAUGGUUCACAGACUUGUCUGUGUCCCAGCUCAACCGCCUACUGGAUCUCCUCUACCUCUGUGUCUCCUGCUUUGAGUACAAGGCCCAUGUUGUGUUCACCAUGCAGGGAAAAAAGGCAUUUGAGCGCAUGAACAGCCUGACCUUUAAGAAGUCCAAAGAUAUGAAGGCUAAGCUGGAGGAGGCCAUAUUGGGCAGCAUCGGGGCCAGACAGGAAAUGGUGCGACGCAGUCGGGGACAGCUAGAACGGAGUCCAUCUGGCAGUGCCUUUGGUAGUCAAGAAAACCUCAGGUGGAGGAAGGACAUGACCCACUGGAGACAAAACACUGAAAGGAUGGACAAGAGUCACAGAUCAGUCAGAACAAGAGCAGAGCUGGAACAUGAAGCCCUUAUUGAUGGUAACCUUGCAACAGAGGCCAACCUAAUUAUUCUUGAUACAUUGGAGGUCAUUGUACAGACAGUAUCGGUGACAGAAUCGAAGGAGAGCAUCCUCGGUGGGGUGUUAAAGGUGCUGCUCCAUAGCAUGGCCUGCAACCAGAGCGCCCUCUACCUUCAGCACUGUUUUGCCACUCAGAGAGCCCUGGUUUCUAAGUUUCCUGAACUACUGUUUGAGGAAGAAACGGAGCAGUGUGCUGAUCUGUGUUUGCGGCUUUUGAGGAGCUGCAGCAGCAGCAUAAGUACCAUCAGAUCCCACGCCAGUGCCUCCCUCUACCUCCUCAUGAGACAAAACUUUGAGAUCGGCAAUAACUUUGCGAGAGUGAAGAUGCAGGUGACCAUGUCUCUGUCCUCGCUGGUGGGAACAUCCCAAAAUUUUAACGAGGAGUUCCUCCGGCGGUCACUGAAAACUAUCCUUACCUAUGCAGAGGAGGACCUCGAACUAAGGGAGACCACUUUCCCAGACCAGGUCCAGGACCUUGUGUUUAAUCUGCACAUGAUCCUGUCUGACACAGUGAAGAUGAAAGAACAUCAAGAAGAUCCUGAGAUGUUGAUAGAUCUCAUGUACAGGAUUGCAAAGGGGUACCAGACAUCUCCAGACCUGCGUCUUACAUGGCUCCAGAACAUGGCUGGAAAACACUCGGAGAGGAAUAAUCAUGCCGAGGCUGCUCAGUGUUUAGUGCACAGCGCUGCGCUGGUGGCAGAAUACCUGAGCAUGCUCGAGGACCGCAAGUAUCUCCCUGUAGGCUGCGUCACCUUCCAGAAUAUCUCUUCAAAUGUUCUGGAAGAAUCUGCAGUGUCAGACGAUGUGGUGUCACCCGAUGAGGAGGGCAUCUGCUCGGGGAAAUACUUCACAGAAAUUGGCCUUGUGGGUCUCCUGGAGCAGGCAGCUGCCUCGUUCUCCAUGGCUGGCAUGUACGAGGCGGUGAAUGAAGUGUACAAGGUGCUAAUUCCAGUCCAUGAAGCCAACAGAGAUGCAAAAAAGCUAGCCACCAUCCAUGGUAAACUACAAGAAGCCUUUAGCAAAAUUGUUCAUCAGAGUACUGGCUGGGAGAGGAUGUUUGGGACGUACUUCAGAGUGGGUUUUUACGGUUCCAAGUUUGGCGACUUGGAGGAGCAGGAGUUCGUGUACAAGGAACCUGCCAUCACAAAGCUGGCUGAAAUCUCUCACAGGCUUGAGAACUUCUACGGGGAGCGGUUUGGAGAGGACCAGGUUGAAGUCAUUAAAGACUCCAAUCCUGUAGAUAAGUGCAAGCUGGACCCCAAUAAGGCAUUUAUUCAGAUCACAUACGUGGAGCCGUACUUCGACACUUACGAGAUGAAAGACCGGAUCACCUACUUUGAUAAGAAUUAUAACUUGAGACGUUUUGUCUACUGCACUCCCUUCACGCUGGACGGGCGGGCACACGGCGACCUGCACGAGCAAUUCAAACGCAAGACCAUCCUCACCACGUCGCACGCCUUUCCUUACAUUAAGACGAGGAUCAACAUCAUCCACAAAGAGGAGAUUAUUUCCACACCCAUAGAGGUGGCGAUAGAAGACAUGCAGAAGAAGACACAAGAGUUGGCCUUUGCCACCCAUCAGGACCCUGCUGAUGCCAAAAUGCUGCAGAUGGUCCUACAGGGAUCAGUGGGCACGACCGUAAACCAGGGGCCAUUGGAGGUGGCUCAGGUGUUCCUAUCAGAGAUCCCCAGCGACCCCAAACUGUACCGACACCACAACAAGCUACGAUUGUGCUUUAAAGACUUCACUAAGAGGUGUGAAGACGCCCUGCGGAAGAACAAGAGCCUGAUUGGUCCCGACCAGAAGGAGUACCAGAGGGAGCUGGAGAGGAAUUACCACAGACUGAAGGAGGCGCUGCAGCCGCUCAUCAACAGGAAGAUCCCACAGCUUUACAAACCUGUCCUGCAGGUCAACUCCCACAGAGAUUCCUUCAGCAGAAUGAGUCUUCGCAAGCUUGAGAUUUGAAGACGAAGGGAAAUCACUCGCACACGGAGCCACUUACACAAAAAAUCGGAACAGAAAAUGCAAUAUUAAUUUAUUCUCAAGUGUACAUAGGCGUGUCCUUUGAAAGUUAGUGUUUUGAAAAGUUGUGUAAGAAAGGCUAUGAGUUGCAGCUUGGUACGUCAUUCCAGUGUCUUAUUUGUUUACAGACUAUUCCACAAUCAGCAGAGCGAAC